AUGGCUACCCUUCAAUCAUCUCCAACUACACCUAUGUAUUUUGUCCUCACAGAUAGUCAUGGUAAAUAUGUACCAUCGACCAUUACUACAUCAUCGUAUUCAAUAAUAGUCAAAGCCGUUUCUGGCCUUCAAUGGAUAGAUAAUUAUAAUUCUAACUUAUCAGCUUUAAAAUUAUUAUCCAGAACUACUCUUCAUUCACAUCUUUCAUCAACAACAGCGUUAAUGUUAUUAAUAGGUACGAAUUCAGUUCGCUGUACGCCAGCUUCCACAAUAAUUAUCCAAAUCAACACUGUCAUCAACUUCUUACGUUCACGUUAUAUUCAUUUAUCGGAUAAACAUUGUAUUAAUAUCGUACCUUGCUUUCCAUGUUUUAAACCAUUCUAUCCAUUAAAUACAUAUGAUUCUCUAUUAGAUAAUAUUGCUCAAUAUAAUGCUCUAUUAUUUGAUUUAUCUAUUGCUUUAAAUUUCACCAUAGUUGAUUUCCAUGUUAUGGAUCAUCACAUCGGGGUCGAUCGAAUGCAUCUUGACUUCAAAUAUACUAAUCUCGUAAAAAAUUCUAUUGUCCAUUAUUUUGAAUAUUUAUCAUCAACAUUAGCACCAUCACUUAUCAAACCUACUGGUCGAUCCAAAGAGGCUAAAGCUCGUCACAACAAACGACGACAUAUUAAACUUGCUCUUAAACAAAAACAAUUUUAUUUAACUCGUUCUAUUACAUCUUUAUGGAAUUUGAAAUCUAUCAAAAAUUAUUUACAUCAACAAAAAUUAAAAUUCGCAAAAGUACCCCCUAUUCAUCGAAAAACUCUUCGUAUUCAGUUUAAUAACCAAGUCGAUCUUCAAAUAGCAGAAAGGGCCUUGCCUCAAGACGCAUUUUCUCAACAAUCGUAUUCCUAA